UUCAACUCCCUCAAGGUCACAAGAAGACCUCUUCUCCUUUGACGGAAACACUGAAACUGCAUUUGUUAUUGUUCUCUCCCCUUAUCCUGCAUUGCUUGUAGCCAUUACACAGGCUGAUGCCUGGACGGCUGCACUAUUGUAUUCCACCAAAUUUGAUUGCACGGCCUGCAGGCUGAUAUCAUCAGAUAAUCACUAAACAAGUAAGCGGUCAGAUCAUAAGACAGAAGAGUUUUCCAAAUGAUGCUUAUAACAGGGAGGCUGCUGGAGGGGCAGAGCUGAAUUACCUAUGGUUAGCAAGAACCAUGAUCACCGUCUUGCUGCUUAUUCUCGGCUUCGAGCCAUUCGUCGCUGCCGUCAAUCCACUGACGCAGGUCUGCUACUACAGAGACUCCCACCUGAACGAGAGCACCUAUAAAGCGAACCUUGAGCUCCUAUCUACUGCGCUAUUCAGUAGUGCCUCAUCCACACGAACCAACCUCGCCAAGGGCUUCGUCGGGACUGACCAAGACCGCAUAUACGGCGUCGUGGUGUGCCGCGGUGAUGGCGUCGUCGAUGCCUGCCCCAGCUGCAUCACCACAGCAUUCCAGGAUGUGUGGCGGGUGUGCAGAAACCACAAGGAGGCCCAUAUUCUAUACAAGGAUUGCAUCGUCCACAUCUCCGCGAAGGACCUUAUCUAUGACUCCACUGUUGUGCUGAACAGGCUGCUGGUCUUUACGGACACCACAAAACACAAUAUGGAUCCCAACAUCCCCAGCGAGGUGAGCGCCAAGUACACCGAUGUCAGCAUUGAUGGCAACAUCAAGGUGCUGCUUCAAGAGACAGCCAAACAAGCAGCCUACAACUCGACGAUGAUGUACGCCACCGGCCGCAUGGAUGUCUACAGCACAAUCCCGCUGCUCUACUCUCUGGCGCAGUGCAACCUGGGCCUACCGCCAAAUGACUGUUGGGAUUGCCUCGACAAUAUCAGGAGUGCGGCAAAGAGUUUCUUCUACCAGCAACGUGGUGAAUGGAUUGCUGGUGUGUGGUGCAAUUUCAGGUAUAGCACAUAUCAGUUCUACGAGGGUCAGCCCAUGCAGCACAUCACCUUGUCGGGUGCUGUAGAUCCAACAACAAACAUGCCAGCACCCAAGCCGGCACCAGGGCCAGUUGAUCUUCCCAAGCAGAAAGACGAGACUCCCAGCCAUAAACACAAGAGUAAACUAAGCUCACAGGAAGAUGAAGAACUGGUCUGGGGAAUAGGAAGGAGUCCAGAGUUCAAGCUUUUUGAUUUUUCAGAAGUAUCAAAUGCUACAAAUAACUUCUCAGAUGAAAAUAAAUUGGGGCAAGGUGGCUUUGGUCCAGUAUACAAGGGCCAGCUUCCAGAAGGUUUGGAGAUAGCAAUUAAGAGACUUGCUUCACAUUCUGGGCAAGGUUUCACGGAGUUCAAAAAUGAAGUCCAACUCAUAGCCAAGCUCCAGCACACAAAUCUGGUUAGACUGUUGGGAUGUUGCUCACAAGGAGAGGAGAAAAUAUUGAUCUAUGAAUAUUUGCCAAAUAAAAGCUUGGACUCCUUUAUCUUUGAUGAAACUAAAAGAGCUUUAUUGAACUGGAAUAAACGAAAAGCAAUUAUCGAAGGAAUAGCGCAAGGACUUCUAUAUUUGCAUAAACACUCCCGGUUACGUGUCAUACAUAGAGAUCUUAAAGCAAGCAACAUUCUUUUGGACAGUGAGAUGAAUCCUAAAAUAUCAGAUUUUGGGCUUGCAAAAAUAUUCAGUUCAAAUGAUAUUGAAGGGAACACAAAAAGGGUUGCUGGGACAUAUGGGUAUAUGGCUCCAGAGUAUGCAUCAGAGGGCCUCUUCUCGAUCAAGUCUGAUGUAUUCAGCUUUGGUGUUCUGAUUCUCGAGACCAUCCAUGGAAAAAGGAACUCGUCUUUCCAUAAAAAUGGGGACUUCUUCAACCUUCUUGGAUAUGCAUGGAAGUUGUGGAAAGAAGAAAGAUGGCUUGAGUUCGUUGACGAAUCAAUAGUUUCAGAGUCACAUGCAUCAGAGACAAUGAGAAAUGGUAAUGCUUGCCUACAGAAGUAG